AUCCGAAAUGUCAUCACUGUCCUUUCUAUCGACCGCACGGUGACGUACGCUCGUGCUGCUAUGAGUCAACUCAGUCAAGACACAAUACGAGGAAAUCCCCAAUGCCGAAUAAACGACGAGUGGCCCCUUUAAAUCGACGCUUCCUCGGUGGUGUGUGCCAAGAGAGAGAGAGAGAAAGAGAGAGAGAGCUCUGAUAAACAACAACACUGUUCUCAGAAACCCGCGUCUACUAGAUCCAGCUCUUUACUGCAUCCUCGGUGAAGAAAAGGUUGCGAGGACUUGUCUCUCUGUUAUUUUCAACAUUCUGUCGUCUGUUGUUCAUACAUUCAUUGUUGAAUGCCAUUGCGGAAGUGAGAAGCUUUUCGACACGACGCAGAGCUUGGGUUGUGUGGACAUCUAGCGGCCAAUCCGGAGAAGGCGCCAUCUCGAGAUGUACGGAGCUUCAGGUAUCCCAGAGCUCAUCCAGCCCAGCGGGCCGCCCCGGCAGCCGGGUCCGGCCGGACAGUAUAACCCGGGACACCCCCAGGUCAACGGCGACGGCGGGGGAGCCAACCCUCAGAGACUCGGACAGAGGGCACCCAAGCUGGGGCAGAUAGGUCGAACCAAGAAAGUGGACCUGGACGAUGAAGACUUGGAUGACAUCAUGAACAACAACGGGCAGUGUCCUGUAUCCCUGUCGCCCAUCUCUUAAACUUCACCAAGAAGUGCCAAAAAAAAAAAACAAGAUGCCAAAACUCCCUGUCAGUGAUCUUGGCCUUCGAUCCUGUCGUGUGUCCUACACUGAAGCCUCUGACGGCUCAAACCAGGCACACCAAGCGGCCCAUUUAGCGGCAGCUGAAGCCUACAGGCCCUGAUUGUACAUAGUGUUUAUUUAACUUACCUUUGGUCAGACUGUGAAUGGAUUGUCUUGCACCGCUCUCUACUCUAUACCUCGGUAGGCAGUCGAUUAUCAGCACUGGAGAGAAAGAUUCGGAGGAAGUGUCUAUAUUUUUCAGAGCUACUUAAGGGCUACAUUUCUAAAGUUGCACUGAGCAAAUGGUUCGAUGAGAAGCAGCCUUCGCCCUGCCUGUUUUUUUUCCGGUGAGGGUUUCUGAUUGUCUGCAGGGUUGGUUGUGUGUGUGUGUGUGUGUGUGUGUGUGUGGGAAGGGGGGGCACACACCUGUUAAUGUGUAAACACACAGGUGGAUUGUUAAGCUUUGGUUGUGCAAUGACUAUCACUGAUGCAAGUGUGUACUUGCAAUGUAUAUCCAUUGGAUGAAAAGCUCGCUGAUUACAGAAGGAAAAAAAAGAAGAAAAAAAAAAACUACUAAUUAUUUAUUGUUUGAAAAAAAAGGAGAGGAAACACUUUGGUUUGUUGUUAUGGCUUCUACGUGUUUUUUACUCGUUUCUGAAUGGAAAUUGCUUCAGUCAUCUAGAACUGAGAUUUAUUUAUGUUUCCAAAUGGUGCACUUUGUGGGAAUGCCUGUUAUGUGCAGUGACAUGUUGCAGAAUUCUAUCCAUGGAGUCUGCUUAAAAAAAGCAUCAAAACA